AUGAUUACUAGAAGAUUAUCAGCUGUUCAAUUGACUAGAAGGUAUUUAUCACACGAGUUGAAAGAAAAGAAUAAAAGAUUUAUUCAAACGAUACCUUCGGGUACAGGGUCUAGCUCAAAUUCUUUUUACAACUUUCAACAUGAUCAAGCUAGAGAACCUAAAAUGAUUGAGAGAAACACCAAUUCAAAAUGGGCAAAACAUUCGUUGGAAUUUCCAUCACAACCAAUAAGUUCACCAAGGGAAGCUAAGGAAGAUGCACAAGCAACAAAGGCUGCUCCUGUACGGAGGCUGAGGACAUCAAGAUUCAAGACGACAAACAAUCUUUCCACAGUACAACCAUCAAUCUUGAAAACAUCGAAUCCAAUAACAACAGCCUCAGCAACACAACCUUCAUCAGAGUCAUCUCCGUCGCAAGUCAUUGAAAUAACGUCGGAUCCAGCAGUGCAGGCUGCUUCAUCUUCGAUACAAAAGACACCUAAACCAUUGACAACAGAAACGAUACCAAAGACAAACACGGCAACCACCCCAAAAAAGAAACGUACAUUGCGUCCUCGCAAAGCAUUAAUAACGCUAUCGCCAAACGCAGUAUCUCACUUACAAGCAUUAUUGGAUCAACCUGAACCAAAAUUGAUUAGAAUUGGAGUGAGAAAUAGAGGUUGUAGUGGAUUAACUUACAAUUUGGAAUAUGUUGAUAAGCCAGGAAAAUUUGAUGAAACAGUUGAACAAGAUGGUGUCAAGGUACUCAUAGAUUCAAAAGCACUUUUCUCCAUUGUUGGGUCGGAAAUGGAUUGGUUAGAUGACAAAUUGAGUUCAAGAUUUAUUUUCAAGAAUCCAAACUCAAAAGGUACCUGCGGUUGUGGUGAAUCAUUCAUGGUAUAG